CCGAAGCCGCAGGAAUAUGCUGGAAGCCGGCAGGCGGGCUCCCGAGAGGUGCUGAAGGGACAGUUCCCGCCGCCUUCCUUGCCCCGAGGCGCGCCUGCGGGUGGGGCGGCUCUCGAGCCCGCUGGGCACGUGAGCGAUGGAGACCAUCUGGAUCUACCAGUUCCGCCUCAUCGUAAUCGGGGACUCCACCGUGGGCAAGUCGUGCCUCCUGCACCGCUUCACCCAGGGCCGCUUUCCCGGGCUGCGAUCCCCCGCCUGCGACCCCACAGUCGGCGUGGACUUCUUCUCUCGCCUGCUGGAGAUCGAGCCGGGCAAGAGGAUCAAGCUGCAGCUCUGGGACACGGCGGGACAGGAGCGGUUCAGAUCAAUAACUCGAUCUUAUUACCGCAACUCGGUGGGUGGAUUUUUAGUGUUUGACAUUACUAACCGGCGGUCUUUUGAACAUGUGAAAGAUUGGCUAGAAGAAGCAAAAAUGCACGUACAACCAUUUCAGAUUGUGUUUCUGCUAGUGGGACAUAAGUGUGAUUUAGCUUCACAACGUCAAGUUACAAGGGAAGAAGCUGAAAGACUGUCAGCAGACUGCGGUAUGAAGUAUAUAGAAACCUCAGCAAAAGAUGCUACAAAUGUUGAGGAAUCCUUCACUAUCUUAACAAGAGACAUAUAUGAGCUUAUUAAAAGGGGAGAAAUUUGUAUUCAGGAUGGCUGGGAAGGGGUUAAAAGUGGUUUUGUUCCAAAUACUGUGCAUUCUUCUGAGGAAGCAGUAAAGCCCAGGAAAGAGUGCUUCUGCUGACUUCAAACAUGCCGAAGAACUAACAGAUUGAGUGUCAUUUUAGGAUAAAUACCAACAUUAAUAGCUGAAUGAUGUGAUGAAAACAUUUUAAAAAGUUAUAAACCCCUGCUAACUCUAUUUUGUAAGGUAUUUGAUUCAGAGCAAUAUGCUUACUUGUUAAACUGCCAGAUUCGUAUUUUGCUAAAUUAUCAAGCAAAGCAGACAACUUUUUCUGGAAACUGGAGUAUCUAUAUAAUUGCCUCCAUUCUCACUUUGUUAGCAUAUAACUGACCAUAAGAUCUAAAUACGUCAAUAUUACUCAUUUUUCUUGACAGUUUGAAACAGAUGUUUUGUGCAUAUAUAAUCUGAUUGAAAAGAUUUUUAUCAGGAAUUAUAUUCUCUAACGUUAAUAUUAAAUAGUAAAGUGGAUUUAAAAGUGCACUGUUCACUUACAAAAUAAAUAAUCUCAGAGUUAUGAACUAGGCCUAAAAUAACAAUUCCUCGUUUAAGGUACCAGGUUGUAAACCAUUCUCUGAAAUAUUAUUCUCCCUUAAUAUUCUGUGAACAUGGGAAGAUAAGUUUUAUAUUAAUUUUUGUUCUCUGAUUUAUUGCUCCUGAAAAUUUUGUUUUAUAAGGAUAUCUAAGGAUCCAAGCAAAAUGUUUUAUUGCAAAUAUUUAUAAAAAUAAAAAUGAAGGAUCAAUAUGAGCAAACAUUUUGUUGUUUUAGUAUACUGUCCUUAUUUAGACAAGAAAAACAAAUUUAUGUACUGACAUUUUCAAAGAAGGUAAAUUCAAUUUACCUUGAACUAUUGUCAAAAUU